GACAUUCUUGACAAUGAUGUGAGCUAAAAAACGGUACACUACGAAUUACGAAUAGAUAAAAAAAAGACAAUGCAUUGAGUAAUCCAGAAUGAAACCGAGACCUUGCGGCUGCAAAGGUUGUAGGACGUGUUUGAUCUGUGAAACACAAUACGGUGCUGCAGACCUGAAAUUGCAGUUGGAACUAGACAAAGAAAAAAGUUACGUCUACUGUCCGUAUUGCAACAAAGCCUGGAAAGGAUGGGACAUCAAUUCUUACAAAGAACAUCCGAACCAUCACGGGGAACCGUUGAGUUAUCGCGGCGUCUAUAUUCACUUGGACUUUAUAAGCGAGCUGGAAGAGCAAAUCUUAAUCGAUAACAUAGACGAAAUACCUUGGGAUAACUCACAGAGUGGCAGAAGGAAACAGAACUAUGGACCCAAAGUCAACUUCAAAAAGAAAAAAAUCGUUUCCGGAAAUUUCGAGGGUUUUCCAAAGUUUUCGAAAAUGCUACAAGACAGAUUUGCGACCAUCGAAAUGUUGGACGGUUUUGAAGUAAUAGAACAGUGUUCAUUGGAGUAUGAUCCCACUAAAGGUGCAUCAAUAGACCCACAUAUCGACGACUGCUGGGUGUGGGGUGAGAGAAUCGUCACUGUUAACUUUCUGUCUGACUCAGUCCUCACAAUGACGCGUUUCAAAGGAGCGAAAACCAAAUACAAUUUAUGCUCUGCUGAAAAUUACCUUCCAGUGUUGGAUUUAGAAGGAAAAAUUAUCAGAAAUAAUAAGAACCAAAGAUCCUCUUUAGAUAUAUGUAAACCUGUGACUGAUGUGGAUGUGAUUGUCAGAAUACCAAUGCCAAGACGCUCAUUACUAGUGCUAUAUGGAGAAUCGAGAUAUCACUGGGAGCAUUGUGUACUCAGACAAGAUAUUUCAGCAAGGAGAGUAUGUAUUGCAUAUAGAGAGUUUACUCCUCCAUACAUGAAUGGAGAACAUCAGGAACUCGGUAAAGAAAUACGAAGGAAAGGCAAAAUGUUUUGGGAUCAUACUGAAAAAUACCAAAUAAAUGUUAACUUAAAUGAAAAGUGUGAUAUAUUAAAUGGUAUAUAAUAUAACUGA